GUUUGAAUGAACUUCCUCACUGUGCAGGAGGAUCACCUGAAUCUGUUCUUUCCUGAAUGUGGAAUGACUGCAUAUAAAGCCUGACAUUGUCACCAUGCAGAGACAACUUGCUACAACUCUCAAGUAAAGCAUCUUAUACUGAGACCAAGCAGCAAAUAACACAGAGAAGAUGACGAUUGGAAGAACGAUUGACAAUUCAUAUACAUUUGAAACAAUAGCAGCAAUAGCAGACAUAAUCUCAGGAAAUCUAACUAAUAUCAUGGAUGACUAUGUCAAGUACAGUAUUGUAACAAGCAGAGUGGCAGAAUUUAUCCAAAAUCAUUCUACAUCCAAACCACAUGGUUUCCCAGCUAUCCCGGAUUCUCUACAUGAAGAUGGAGCAACAGCGGUGGUCAGAGUAUAUGAAGACCUUCAAGUUAUGUCCUCAUUUCUGCGUUUGAUAAACGAAGCAUUGAUGAAGGACAGUGCCUCUAUGCAAGCAUAUGCCUCAGUGGAAAUCACCAAAUGGGAUAAUCUAGAAUUAGAACUUAAAACUGCAAUGGAAGUUUACAAUGCUAGCUAUUCAAAUACAAUUAGCUUAGAAAUUGAAGACCCGUUGGAAGUGGACGAAUUCAUCUACCAGAAAUACUUCAUGAUUCUAAAGGAAGUGAAGGCAUAUAUGAAAUUCAUAGUAAGGCAGUUUCAACACUUAGUCAACUCUGGUAGUGUGAACAGGUUAAACUGAACAGUUAUAUAGAAAACCAAAAACUUGCGAACCAAAUAGAUAUUUCUAAAAUCUAGGUGUUAAAAAUAUGUCAUGCCUAUGUAUAAUACUUGUAUGUUUUAAUUCUUUGCAUUUUUCUGUGUAAUAAUUUUAUUCAGAGACAAUACAAAUCCAAAAAUAUAUUUAUGUAGCUAUGUAACAAAGGAAUCUAUAAAAUAAUAAUGACAACUUUAUAAUUGUAGAUAUGUAUAAUU